AUGAGCGUCCAUCUUUCGACCCCUGAGGACUAUAAGACGUUGUUGGACAAGUUCGAUACAUGGUUAUUCGAUUGCGAUGGUGUUCUGUGGCGCGGCGAUGAGCUGAUUGAUGGCGUGGUUGAAGUCCUGCAUAUGCUGCGAUGUCUCAAGAAGCAAGUGGUUUUUGUCACCAACAACGCCACGAAAUCUAGAAAGAGCUACAAAACUAAAUUUGAUCAGCUGGGAGUCGAAGCACAUGUGGAUGAGAUCUUCGGAUCGGCGUACGCGUCAGCGGUAUACCUGUCCUCUGUCAUCAAACUGCCAAAAACAAAGAAGGUGUAUGUGAUUGGCAUGGGCGGCCUGGAGGAAGAGCUUCGAGAUGAGGGUAUCUCAUAUCUCGGUGGAACUGAUCCUGCGGACAACACGCUCGAAACAUUUUCGCUGGCCAACUUUACACUUGAUCCCGAUGUCGCUGCAGUUGUUUGCGGGCUCGACACCCAGAUUAAUUAUACGAAGCUGUCCAAGGCUUUCCAGUACCUGACUCGCAACCCUGGCUGCCACUUCAUCGCGACCAACGAAGAUAGUACCUACCCAGGUGCAGAUGGGCUUUUGCCGGGGGCUGGGUCAAUUAGUGCUCCUCUUCGAUACGCCGCAGGUCGGGCCCCUAUUUGUACUGGAAAGCCAUCAAACACUAUGUUAGAUUGUGUCAAAGCAAAGAUAAACUUCGACACAGAGCGCACUAUUAUGAUUGGCGAUCGACUGAACACCGACAUAUUAUUCGGCCAGAAUGGUGGCCUGUCCACACUGCUCGUCCUCACAGGCAUAACCGAAGAAGCCGACAUUACCGGCCCUUAUGCAUCUCCCAUUGUCCCGGACUUUGUCACACAAGCUCUGGGAGAUUUCCGCGCCGUCGACAAAUUAAAAGCGCCGUAGGACUGUGGAGCUAUGUCAGCGGCCAGAGAACAGAUAUAGAUGAUACCAGGAAGUUAAACCUAAAUAGACUUGGGAUAUAGAUCUACGGAUAGACUCGAACUCAUUUGGUCUUUUGGUAGUUGGCCUGCGGAGACAACAUGCGUUGAUGUUCGA